AUGUACUACUUUUCGUUUGAGUUCAUCGUAGGUGCCUUGAGUAGGACAAAGGAACUUUUCACUGAUAUGUCCUUCGAUUACCCGUUACAACAGGUAGAUGUUUCUGAGGUGUUUGCCAGAGAUGAUGCUGGGGCGAUGGCUGAGAAAUUUGCUGAUGGUUCUGUUUCUCCAUCUGUUAAGAGAAGUGAGUGUAAGCAAGUUUUGUCUGAAGAUACGGUGGUGGCUACUCCAGGACGCAAGAGGCCCAGUUCCGCGCGCAAAGCAGAUGACUCAGAUCAAAGGGACGUGGUUAUGAAAGACGUGGAUGAUGCAGACACCGAUAAAACAGUACUGGAUACUGAGGAGGAGGCCGAGGGAUUAUCACCGCCGGCAAAGAAACGGCUGCUGGCCCCGUCUAUCUCUACGCAUGGUGUGGGAUCCGAAUCCGGGGGAUCUUUACUUCCCCUUCCUUCACCCAGUGCAUCGCCCACGCAAUCUGACAGUGUUCAAGAUGUGUUUGGUUCGAAAGAUAUUACUCUUCGUACUGCAGAUGUAUCAGAGGGCAGCCUCAACGAUUCUCAGAAAGUGCAGCAGAUCUACAAGCUUAUUCAGAAUCUAUCUCCAGGUUCUUUGCAGGCCAAAUAUGCUCUGUGGAUGCUUCUUCAGCGUACUGAUAGAGCAACACUAUCCUCUCUACAAAAAACUAUUCGUCAGGCCCUUCGAAAGGACAUUGUUCAGUCUUUGCCUUCAGAAAUAGCGUAUAAGAUCUUUGCCCAAUUUGACUUUCGUACCCUUCUUCGGACCUCCGAGGUGUGCCGUGGUUGGGUAACGCUUUCACAAGAUGGUUCGGCCGAUUUCUGGAAAAACAUGCUAUUCAGGGAUAAUUUGGUAAAGUCUGAAGUAGAAUAUGAAGCGGAAAAGUCAUGGAUUCACAAGCUGAGACCGAUGCUAACACCAGGAAGUUUGGCCAAGUUGCUCUACAAGCGUCGUAUGAUGAUUGGACGAAGAUGGAAAAACACUGCAUUUCAGCCUCGGCGAAUUACACUACCAGGCCAGGGCCUGAAUGUGAUUACUUGUCUUCAGUUUGAUGAGGACAAGAUCGCCGCUGGUUCUGACGACAGUAGCAUUACCAUAUAUGAUACGCAAACAGGAAAGCUCAGAACGGUACUUUCUGGUCAUAAUGGGGGAGUUUGGGCAAUGAAAUAUUAUAAAAACACUCUGGCUUCGGGAUCCACCGACAGAACAGUGAGAAUAUGGAACAUUAAACGGGGCAAAUGUACGCAUAUCUUUAGAGGCCACAUCUCUACGGUGAGGUGCUUGGAUAUUAUAGAACCAAGGCAGAUUGGUACCGACGAUCUGGGAAGACCGAUCGUGUAUCCCAAGGAUCCUCUUCUAAUAACUGGCUCACGUGACGCCACGCUGUUUGUAUGGAAGCUUCCUUUGGCUGGAGAGGACGAUCCUGUUUCGGAUGAACCCAUUGAUCUUGACGAACACUCCAACAAAUAUUUGAUUCGCGUUCUUAAGGGCCAUACUGGAUCUGUGAGAGCCGUGACAGGCUAUGCAAACAUCCUUAUUAGCGGUAGUUACGACACAAGUGCACGGGUAUGGGACUUGCGUACGGGUGAGUGCAAAUUUGUUCUCUCGGGUCAUGCAGACCGAAUCUACAGCUGCGUAUACGAUGUGGAUCGGAAUCAAUGCUACACAGGAUCGGUGGAUAAUACGGUGCGCAUCUGGGAUCUAUCUACAGGGAAGUGUAAAUCCAUAUUGGAGGGUCAUCAGAUGCUUGUGGGUUUAAUUACCUCAUCUAAGCAUUCUUUAGUUUCAGCUGCGGCCGAUUGGACGGUCCGUAUAUGGGACCCAGAUACAGGGCAGCCCAGAAGUGUUCUUAGGGGACAUAAUUCGGCCAUCACUUGCGUUCAGAACGAUGAUUACGUCAUUAUCUCAGGCUCUCAGGGAAUGCUUAAGCUAUGGAAUGCUCAAACCGGUGAGUUUAUUAGAGAUUUGCUAAAUGAUGUGGAUGGUGCUGUGUGGCAGGCCAAGUUCGACUACAGGAGAUGCAUCGCCGCAGUGCAAAAGGAUCGGAGAACCUGCAUAGAGAUUUUAGAUUUCUGUCCUCCUGGGACGGAUUACUGGGCAAUGGGUCAGUAG